GCCUUAAAUCUUUCGGCCCUGGGACCCAGGCCUCCUAUGGCGUGGUUCUCGGGUGCCUGAGGAAUGGCUCGCGGCAGGAUCUCUCGGCUCUCAGUCCACGACGUGCGCUUUCCCACAUCGCUAGGUGGCCACGGCUCCGACGCCAUGCAUACAGACCCUGAUUACUCAGCUGCCUAUGUUGUCAUAGAGACCGAUGCAGAAGAUGGACUCAAGGGCUAUGGCAUUACCUUCACUCUGGGAAGGGGCACUGAAGUUGUUGUCUGUGCUGUGAAAGCCCUUACCCACCACGUGCUUCACAAGAAUCUCAGGGACAUUGUCAGUGACUUCAGAGGCUUCUACAGACUGCUCACAAGUGAUGGACAGCUCAGAUGGAUUGGUCCAGAGAAAGGUGUAGUACACCUGGCCACGGCAGCCAUUCUGAAUGCUGUGUGGGACCUGUGGGCAAAGCAGGAAGGAAAGCCUUUAUGGAAGCUACUUGUGGACAUGGAUCCAAAGAUGCUAUUGUCCUGCAUUGAUUUCAGAUACAUUACUGAUGUCCUGACAGAAGAGGAUGCCUAUGAAAUACUGCAAAAAAGUCAACUUGGUAAAAAAGAAAGAGAAGAACAAAUGCUGAGACAUGGCUACCCUGCCUACACCACAUCAUGUGCAUGGCUCGGGUAUUCAGACAGCACACUGAAGCAGCUCUGCGCAGAGGCACUGAAAGAUGGCUGGACCAGAUUUAAAGUAAAAGUCGGGGCUGAUCUCCAGGAUGACAUACGAAGAUGCCGCCUCAUCAGGAACAUGAUCGGACCAGAGAAGACUUUGAUGAUGGAUGCCAACCAGCGUUGGGAUGUGCCUGAGGCAGUGGAGUGGAUGUCAAAACUGGCUGAGUUCAAGCCAUUGUGGAUUGAGGAACCCACAUCCCCUGAUGACAUUUUGGGCCAUGCAGCUAUUUCCAAGGCACUGGCCCCAUUAGGAAUUGGUGUUGCCACAGGAGAACAGUGCCACAAUCGAGUGAUAUUUAAGCAACUCCUACAGGCAAAUGCCUUGCAGUUCCUCCAGAUUGACAGCUGCAGAUUGGGAAGUGUCAAUGAAAACCUCUCAGUAUUACUGAUGGCCAAAAAGUUUGGAAUCCCUGUUUGUCCCCAUGCCGGUGGAGUUGGACUCUGUGAACUAGUACAGCACUUGAUUAUAUUUGACUAUGUAUCAGUCUCUGCAAGCCUUCAAAACAGGAUGUGUGAAUACGUGAACCACCUGCAUGAACAUUUCAAGUAUCCUGUGGUUAUCAAACAUGCUUCAUAUCUGCCUCCCAAGGAUGCAGGCUACUCAACAGAAAUGAAGGAGGGAUCUGUAAAGAAACACCAAUACCCAGAUGGAGAAGUCUGGAAGAAACUCCUUGUUGCUCAACAUUUAUGUGUUCAGCCCUAACACUUUUUUUUCCCCUGAAGUGGAAAUGCUUAAAAUCCUGGAGUUUUAUAAAAAUAGAAAAAUCAAGUCUAGCCAUUAAGUCAUAUUCACCUCAGGAAUAAGCAUUAAUUAUGGUAUGGUCAACAAGUCAGUAUUCUAUGUAAUUUUAAAGCAAAUUUACCUAACCCAAAGCCCAAGAUGUUCUUUAAAAAUCUCUAUCAAGUGUUAUACUUGAAAAUCAGCAACAUGUUUCAUAAUUUGUUAUAAUAAUUCCUCAUUCUAAU